AUGUUUUCCAACUUUGCCAGUGCAAUAUCUGGUAAUGCUCCAGAGAGAGCAAGCAAAGAUGAAGGAGCCUCACUCACGUCGGUCCUCGAGACACCCACCCUACGCGUGGAACUGGCACUCCUCGUCCUCCUAAGCAUCGAUGCCAUGCGAAACGAUCUCACGGCCACCUUUGAGCCAUACAACAACCCCGAACCGAAACCCUCCCUUGCGACCCGGUCGCCCGCACCCAAGCCUGGAAAUCAGGCACCAGAUCUCAUGAGCUUCGACCAGCCGAGACAGACCACCAAACCAGCGCCUCCCACUAGGCAAUCAUCACAAGAACAUGAGUCCACACAAAUGCAGGCUUUGCGACGGAGCGCCUUGACGUUCUUCGAUAAAUGGCGGGCAAGUGUCAUGCAUCGAAUAUGCGACGUCCUCUCUGUACGGGGUGAGACUGUCCGUCAAGCGAAAGCAAAGCGGAAGCAAAUGCUGGACCAAGCCGACAGGCAAAACCAGGGAAUCUCUUCGCUCAUCGAUUUCGACGACCUCGAUCCCUUCGCAAACGCGGCUCCCACACGACCCAAGAACACAAGACACGGGCACUAUGAGGUGAUCGAGACUAGACUGCUAGCUCUUGAGGAAGAUAAGCGUGUGCUGGUCUUACACUGCCUCCUGUUGCUCUUACUGAGCUUGGAGCAAUACUCGGCAUAUUCGCGCAUCUUGUUGAUACGUUUGGCAAGCAGUCUUAAACUAGAGGCUGAUUUGCUGGGCGAGCAUGAGAAGUCGGUUGCACAAGGUCUGCUAGCCACGGCUGCCUCUCAGAUGGACGCCGAAGCGACAGCCAAGAACCAAGCCUCAAACGAUGCUGUGUCACGCCGUUGGAAGGUUGGUCUCGCGACCGUGGGCGGUGCGGUUCUCAUUGGUGUUACUGGUGGUCUUGCUGCGCCUCUACUAGCCGCAGGUCUGGGUACUGUCAUGGGCGGACUAGGCCUGGGAGUCGUUUCAACAUAUCUUGGUGCAUUGGCGGGCAGCUCGGUGCUCGUUGGAUCACUCUUCGGAGCCUAUGGUGCGAAGAUGACGGGGCGUCUAAUGGACCAGUAUGCGAAGGAGGUUCAAGAUUUCGAAUUCCUUCCGGUUCAAGAUCCCGAUCGACCGACGAAUCAACGGGAGCUCGACUGGGCUGACGAGCAAGAUGCCCGUGACCCACAGAAGCGUGAACAGCAUCGGUUACGCGUAUCCAUUGGUGUCAGCGGCUGGCUGAGCUCCCCAUCCGACGUCAGCAAGCCUUGGGAGGUGGUCGACUCCGGUACAACUGAGCCAUUCGCAUUGCGUUUCGAGCUUGAUGCCAUGCUGCGUCUCGGCAACUCCCUCAACGACGUACUCUUUGGAUAUGCCUUCGACGGCGUCACCUACACUGUUGUCAGUCGCACGCUUCUUGGCGCUUUGUACGCAGGUCUGUGGCCUCUUGGUCUCGUCAAAGCUGCCAGCGUCUUGGACAACCCCUUUCUUGUUGCACUCGCACGAGCCGACAAGGCUGGCAAGGUUCUUGCGCAUGCUCUCAUCGAUGGCGUACAAGGGAAGCGACCUGUCACUCUUACGGGCUACUCAGUAGGUGCACGUGUCGUAUACGCAUGUCUGAUCGAGCUUGCGGAACAACAUGCGUUCGGUCUUGUGGAGUCAGCUGUUCUCAUGGGUACACCUGCUCCUGCCAACAGCAAGCGAUGGAGGCAAAUACGAUCAGUUGUCGCGGGACGCGUUGUCAAUGUUCACAGCACGGAAGAUUAUGUACUCGGCUUUCUCUAUCGGUCAGCCAAACUUCAGGUAGGUGUCGCUGGUCUACAAAAGAUCGAAAAUGUCCAUGGCGUGGAGAAUAUCGAUGUAAGCAAGCUUGUCAGUGGCCACGACCAGUAUCGGUACUUGGUCGGUACGAUACUUGUGAAAGUCGGACUCGGCGAUGUGAAUUUCAACAAGGUCGCUGAACAAGAACGGGCUCUUGAAGAGGCAGAAAGGCGGAAGAAACAGGCACAAAAGGAGGCUAAACGUAAGGCAACGACUGAGCAAACGAAGGAGCCUGUCGCCAGGCCUCAGAGUCGACCGGUUGCUGCGGCUCACGACUCUUCGAACUCUCUGAUAGAUCUUACAGAGCCAGAGCCGGCCAAAGCUCCUGCCUCCAACAGCGAUCUGUCUGGUCUUUCCUUCACCUCCACUGGUGUAUCCACGACUGAGCACCCCUCUUCGAACGUCAAAUCAUCCACCCCGGCUCUGCGUAAAACACCUAUGGAAGAACCCAAGAGCUUUCCUGAUACCACUACGAGAUCGUUCCCAGAACCACACGAUCUAUCAAGCCCCGAGAACUCGGCUGUCCGGCUGCAGAAGAAGGGGACCGAAGUCGCUGUUACCGAGGUUCUUGUCUUGGAAGGUAGUGAUGCUGCUAAGGACAAGAGUAUUGAUAACGAGCGUGAUGACGAGUUUGACGACUUCGACUAUGAUGCCGAAGAAGUUAGUAGCGAGUUUGGAGAACUCAGCAUGGUAGAGCCGCUGCCUAUGGACGACUUCGAUUAUGGAUUGAUGUAA